AUGUACGCCAAUGUAUUUCGGCGUACUAGGGAGCUGCGCAUCCCUAGGGGGAAGGCCUGGGACAGGGCAAAUCGUAUAAUAAAGCUCCAGGCCAAGACGGUCCUCAUCGAUGAGUGGCGGGAGUACCUCGCCAAUCCCAGUUUACCUGGGAAGAGGACCAUCGAUGCUGUCCGGCCCUGUCUAGUGGAAUGGCUGGACAGUCGGAGGCACGGGCUGACCUACAGGGCGACGCAGGUGCUCACCGGGCACGGAUGCUUUGGUGAGUACCUGUGUCGCAUUGGAAAGGAGGCAGCCACCGGCUGCCACCACUGCGACGCGGUGAGGGACACGGCGCAGCACACUCUAGAAGUGUGCCCUGCUUGGGACGAGCAGCGCCGUGUCCUCCGUCGGGAGGUCGGAGACGACCUUUCUCUUCCGGCCAUAGUGGCGGCUAUGGUCGGAAACCCGACGAAGUGGCGGGCAUUCCUGGCCUUCUGUGGCCAGGUAAUGUCCGUCAAAGAGGAGGCCGAGCGAAUCCGUCGCGGAGAGGUAAUCCUGGACGCGGCGGAUCCGCCGAACUGA